UUGCAUCCAUCCAUCCAUGCGAUGCGACGACGCUCGCGUAACGUUGGCCGUUGAUCCGGCAGUUCGCGCGCCACCCACUGGGCACUGCGCCGCGCUGCCACGCCGGGCGCGCGCGACGAUGAACGCCGCCGUGUUGCUGCUGCUGCUGCUACUCGCGCUCCCCGUCCUCCCGGCGUCGUGCGCGCCGCCGAGAUCCUUCCGCCUCGAGCUGGCCAGCGUCGACGCGUCGGCGGCCGCGGCCGCCAACCUCACGGGGCACGAGCUCCUGCGGCGCGCCAUCCAGCGCAGCCGGCACCGGCUGGCCAGCAUCAGCAUGGCGCGCAACGCCGGCGUGGCCGCCAGCGCGCGGAAGGCCGUCGUGGCCGAGACCCCCGUGCUGCCGACCGGCGGCGAGUACCUGGUGAAGCUCGGCAUCGGCACGCCGCCAUACAAGUUCACGGCGGCCAUCGACACCGCCAGCGACCUCAUCUGGACGCAGUGCCAGCCCUGCGCCGGCUGCUACUACCAGGUCGACCCCAUGUUCAACCCCAGGGUGUCCUCCACCUACACCGUCCUGCCGUGCAACAGCGACACGUGCGACGAGCUGGACGGCCACCGGUGCGGCCACGCCGACGACGACGCGUGCGAGUACACCUACAUGUACAGCGGCAACGCCACGACGGAGGGCACCCUGGCCGUCGACAAGUUUGUCAUCGGCGAGGACGUGUUCCGCGGCGUCGCCUUUGGCUGCAGCACCUCCAGCACCGGCGGCGCCCAGCCCCCGCAGGCGUCCGGGGUGGUCGGCCUCGGCCGGGGGCCACUCUCGCUGGUGUCCCAGCUCUCGCUCCGGAGGUUCAUGUACUGCCUCCCCACGCCGGCCUCGAGGGUCGCCGGGAAGCUCGUCCUCGGCGCCGGCGCCGACCCCGCCGGCAACGCGACGGGCCGGGUCGCCGCCCCGAUGAGACGGGACCCGCGGUACCCGUCCUACUACUACCUCAACCUCGACGGCAUCGCCGUCGGCGACAACACCGCGUCCCUGAUGAAGCCGUCGAACGCGACGUCGACCGCGGCGACGCCCUCCCCGAACGCGACGGCGACAGCGCCGCCGGGCGUCGGGGACGCGAACAAGUACGGGAUGAUCAUCGACAUCGCGUCGACGAUCACGUUCCUGGAGGCGUCGCUGUACGACGAGCUGGCGGACGACCUGGAGGAGGAGAUCCGGCUGCCGCGCGGGACGGGCUCCAGCCUGGGGCUGGACCUGUGCUUCAUCCUGCCGGACGGCGUGCCGUUCGACCGCGUCUACGUGCCGCCGGUGUCGCUGGCGUUCGACGGGAGGUGGCUCCGGCUGGACAAGGAGCGGCUGUUCGCGGAGGACAGGGAGAGCGGGAUGAUGUGCCUCAUGGUGGGGAGGGCGGAGCCGGGCAGCGUCUCCAUCCUCGGCAACUUCCAGCAGCAGAACACGCAGGUGUUCUACAACCUGCGCCGCGGCAGGGUCACUUUCGUCGACGCCCCCUGCGAUAGAGGCUUCAUCCAGUACCAUUAGCAUCUUGUAAACCCAGCAUCAUCGUGAUUGCUUGCCUGCCUUGAGAGCUUCUAAUGUAGUCAGUGCUCAGCUGCAUAUUUGGACAUUCAAAGAUGCGUGUUUAGCUUGAAUCAAAAACAUUUUAUGCAACAAACCGUGCUCAAGUGAUCAAGUCUGCAGCUAAGUAGAUCAGCACAGAGUGACAGAUUGUGAAGAGAACAGUCUUAUAUUGAAAGAAAAAA